GGCAAGCACUGAUGGGCUUUGCUUCUUUCCAUGCUGCAGUUAAACUCCAAAGUUAUAGUGAGCUAUUGAAUUUCAGCCAAACUAAUGUUUCUACCGAUAAAAGUAUUUUAAGGUGUAUUAUCUUUAAGUAGAAAUCUACAGAGCGAACCUUUUUAUUCUUUUAAACGCGUCGCUCUUAGACUGAAAAGUUUGCUAAAGUUAGCCGCGAAGCUAACAAGCUCUUUAGCUACCAUUAGCUGCUAAAUGAUGGUGAGCGGUGAGAGAUGAGCCAUGGUGGUGUUACUGGCGGGGAUGUGUCCUGGUCUGGAUGCGGAUUUACUGCGGAGUCUGCGGGCAGCUGAUGUCAGAACAGUGGAAGACCUCGUCUCUGCUGACAUCGAGGAUCUGGCUCAGAAAUGCUCCGUUUCCUAUAAGGCUCUGUUUGCCAUCCGCCGGGUGCUCCUGGCCCAGCACACAGCCUUCCCAGUGUCAGGCGCCGAUCUAUAUGAAGAACUAUUGAGCUCCACAGCCAUCCUCUCUACUGGAAAUCCCAGCUUAGAUAAACUGCUGGAUUCAGGCUUGUAUACGGGAGAGAUAACGGAGCUGUCAGGAGGAGCAGGAAGCGGCAAAUCUCAGGUGUGUUUUGGUGUGUCGGUGCACACCGCACACCGCCUGAAGCAGAGCGUGAUCUACAUCGACACAACAGGAGGGCUCACCGCCAGCCGCCUGCUGCAGAUCCUGCAAACCGAAACAAAUAAUACAGACGAGCAGAUGGAAGCUCUACAGAGGAUUCACACCUUCCGCCUGUUUGACGUCUACGCUCUGCUCGACUGCCUGUACGGGCUCAGCGGCGGCGGCCUUCAGAAGGCGUGUGUCGGCGGCGGCUCUGUCAAGGCGGUGAUCGUGGACUCUGUGUCAGCCGUUAUCGCUCCUCUGCUGGGAGGCAAACAGAACGAAGGCAUGUCCUUGAUGAUACAAGUGGCAGCGGCUCUGAAGACGAUGGCGAAGGACUUCAGCGUCGCCGUUCUGGUAACAAACCAUGUAACGAGAAGUGGCAGCGGGGAGGUGCAGCCGGGCCUCGGCGUAUCGUGGAGCCACGUCCCUAGAACCAGAAUCCUGCUGGAACGAGUUGAGAGAGGGGCGUCUGUCAGCAGCACGGGUCAGCGCUCCGCCACGCUCAUCAAGUCCUCCAGACAGGUACCCCGCCAGCACCGCCGACUCACACCACAACAGAGGUUUCUGCCGCUGUCAAAACAUGGUGUCGAAAUAGAGAGCUCAACGCCGUCUUCCCAAAGGCCCGGUUUGAUAAAGACUCCUGAUUUCCAUGGAAAAACAUCUCCAGGCAGGAUUUUAGCAGAAAAGUACAGCAGACGCAUCAGUCUAAUUCAUACAAACAGGCUGUAAAUAAUGAGUCAUGCUCCUCAUUUACAUGCAGAACACUGAGGCUCUUACCCACAGUGAUGGAGCCACAUGCUGAGCUCGGAUAAAAUGCAAACACCUGAACAAAGCAUGCAGGUAGGGACGGACAUGCAGCCGUUAUAAAUGAGUCCCAGAAAAAUCUGCAUAUCGCUCGUUCUGUUUUGUGUUUCACACUAAAAUCACAGACAGAAAAUAACAGUUUGCAUUUAAAUGCAAAAAUCUCACAUUAAAUUUAUUAAUUUUGACUUCUGCUACCUAAUUAAUAAA